GUGCCAUCUCCGAUCAAGUCCGAAAGGCGGCAAUUAGCUAGGAGGUGUAACGCAGGCCACACCGGCCACGACGGAAGGUAGGUCGGGAAAAAAUGUCGGGCAUGGGAGAUGGGUACGUGGGCACUGCCCAAGACGCCGUCAGGAUUCGCAGACUCGAGAAGCAAAGAGAAGCCGAGCGCCGGAAAAUCCAGGAGCUGAAGGCCAAGACUGCCUCCGCCAAAGGACAGCCCGGUCUCCUUCAAUUUGGCUCCAGUACCUCCGAGAUACUCGAGACAGCGUUCAAGAAGGAAACUGUUGGUUUGGUGACGAGAGAAGAGUAUGUUGAGAAGAGAGUGAAUAUUCGAAACAAAAUUGAAGAGGAGGAGAAGGAGAAACUUCAAAAGCUACAACAAGAGGAAGAGGAACUCCAAUUGCAGAAGCGGAGGAAAAGGAAAAUAAAGGGGAAUUCACGACUGUCGUUUUCUGAUGAUUUCGAGAACGGAAGUGAUGAGGAUGACGAUAAUAAAGAGCCAAGAAAGAUUGGGUGUGGCAAACUUGGGAAAGAUCCUACAGUAGAGACUAGCUUUUUGCCUGAUAGUGAGAGGGAAGCUGAGGAGCAAGCUGAGCGUGAAAGGCUGAAGAAACAGUGGCUUCGGGAGCAGGAACAAAUUCGAAAUGAGCCUCUUGAAAUCACUUACAGUUAUUGGGAUGGAGCUGGCCAUAGGCGAGUCAUUCAGGCACGAAAAGGUGAUACAAUUGGAGAGUUUCUGAGGACUGUACAGCAGCAACUUGCCCCCGAGUUUCGGGAGAUUAGGACUACCUCAGUAGAGAAUUUGCUAUAUGUGAAAGAAGAUCUUAUAAUACCCCAUCAACAUAGCUUCUAUGAGCUUAUUGUGAACAAAGCUAGAGGCAAAAGUGGCCCGCUUUUCCACUUUGACGUGCACGAGGAUGUUCGGACAAUUGCCGAUGCAACAAUAGAGAAGGAUGAGUCUCAUGCUGGGAAAGUUGUUGAGAGGCACUGGUAUGAGAAGAAUAAGCACAUCUUUCCUGCUUCAAGAUGGGAGAUCUAUGAUCCAACCAAGAAAUGGGAGCGGUACACCAUCCACGGGGACUAAUUCAAUGACAUAUAGCAAAAGAAGUAUGAUUUAUGCCUUGAAUCCUCAGUUUUUCUUACUGCUGUCUUCUUAUACACGCUGAGUAUGUUCGAAAUCUUGAAGCAAUUUGAAGAAAUUAACUGGCUGGCUAAUGAUGUGCAUUGUGUUAUUUAAGCAUUUAGCCUGUAGGAUUGAGAUGUUCAUAUUGUUCAGCACUUUGGCUUCAGAAACUUGUUUAGGGUGGGUGGAUCUUCCAUUGAUGUUGAUCAAUUUGCUUCAAAUAGACUUUUAGUGUACCAUAGAGGUGAAAUAUUUUAAGUCAUCUAUUUCAUCUCUCAGUACUUUUAAGGGUGUUUGGUUGAUGUUUAUUAGAUGAGAAUGGGCAAUUUUAAAAAA